AUGUUGAAACGAGUAGCAUGCCUGGCACUAAGAAGUGUUCUGAACAAGAAGUUGGAGAAUUUGUAUGUGCAACAUUUCGUGGAGAGCAUCUUCUAUUUCAACGCCUACUACAAGUCCAAUACAUUCAACAGGCAGGUUGAAAAUGAGGAGCAAGAAAAAAAGUUUGUUCUUCCCGGAAAGACGAAUGAGGCGAAGCGUCGUGAAUUGUACGAGAUGAUGUUGCAAAAUAUGAACGACAGCCACAAGUUUCAAUGUCUUCAGAAGAUGAUCAAUGAAGUCUUGUUGUCCUUUGUGGACCAGCUGAUUACGCUGGAUGACCGAUCUUCUGACGUCAUGAGUGACGUCCUGCACUGUCUCUCGUCGAAGGACAUCAAGCUGCAGGUCUUGAGGACCUCAGGCACGGAUGAAGAAGAUCCUCACGAUGACGUCAUUGUCGCUGCUCAAAAUGUCGCCAAGAAACGAUUUGUGUCUCAGGUGAUGAAGAAGACCGUCAUGGAAGCCACUGUGCCUGUCCUCGUCUCUCUCAAACAACUGCUGGAAUCUCGAAAAUCUGCAAUGUUGAGAGACCUCAUGAAAUAUUUCAUCAUCCUCGUCAAGGAGUACAAGCCGGAAGUGGAAGCCGCCCUGGCAACGAAUCUUCAUCUACAGAAGGAGUUGUCUUACGCCAUGAAGAGGUUUGAAAUGGACGAAGAAUCGUGGAUGAAGAAACGACUACAGCCCGUCAAGGAAGGCUCUUCAAGUCUCUCCUCUCUGCCAGUCACUCCGUCAUUAAAGAACAAAAAGAAAAGAGCAAUGCCUCUGGCGGUUCAAGCUGUCAUCAAUUCAGCCAGGACAGUUCUCUCCAGGUCUUUGUUGAACGUUUCCAAUCAAUCCUUGAAUCAAUCGUCUAACGAAUCAUCGCCCAAAGUGACAUCCAAUCAAAACAUGCCAAGUUGCUCCUCAACCGACCGAUCCCACGCCAGCCCACAAACAUCCUCUCCCACAAACGAACACCCGCUUCCUGACAUUAAGAGAUUUGCACAUCAUUCGUCAAACACACCGACACACAUCACUAAAGGAAGAUGUCCAAUGAGAGCCAUCAGCACGCCAGCAGAGGCGCUAUUGUCGCUCGAACGCAUGCAGUUCAAGAAGGAACUAGUACCUUCUGACAGCGAGAUAUCUAGGACGUUCGAGAAGCGUCAGUUAGACUGGUAUAUAAAGACACGCGGGAUGUCAAAUAGGGAUUGUUAGCGUCGAAAGAGAUAUUUGAUAUUUGACUUUACGUUGUAUUUUUAUCGUAUUUGAGAUAUACGUUAGUGAGUUUUGAUUCAAAAAGCGAUAGUUUCUGGACGUAAAUUCGGUAGUUUGUGAGCGUUAACUUUUAUUAGUAAAGUUAAUUAACGUUGAUUGUUGAUUUGUAAAUAAAUGUUUCACUGGAAUAAAACGAGCCUUCGUCGACCGGACAGUUACAACGAUACAUUUUUAUCAAUUAUUGUAGGAGAAACGUGCGUAAAUCAUUUUAAGUACACAUAAGUACGAACCAAAUUAAAUACACAAGCUCAGAUGCAUUCAGACUUUAUACGUGUGUUAUUCGCCAUCAACAAUCAACACGUCAAUCAUUCAAUGUUCCCGCCAACAUGCGACAUUUUUUUUAUUAUAGAUGUGAUUAAACGAGGCAUGCAUUUGAAAAAUGUCUUUUUUAUUUCAGUAACUUAGACUAGAGAUUACAUUAGGAGAAUAAUUACUUUCAUAUUUGCAAUGUUGAAAUAAAUGUGAUGUAUAUUGGAAUAAAUAUGUUGACCGAGCAGAUGCAGGUGGGCAGAACACGACCAACAUGUCGUUCGCAGGUAAUCUCAGCAGCAUUGAUCCCGCAAUGGUCAUUCGAGGUCAUUUUUCCUCUACUUUUUUGAAAAAUUUUAUUUUUGUUUUUUAUUAUGCAGCUCUGACAAACGCUUGCAUAUCAUUCAGUUGCAGUUGAGCUUUUGUGCCACGAAGACUAUAACAUCCACAGUACGAAACGUAGGUGGAAGUUUGUGAGUUUUGCAAGCACCGCGUAACGCGCGCCUGGCGUAUGAUAAACUUGCAAUUCGAACAGGUGGUGUCAGGACCAGAUCAUUGCGCAACAACAAAUCCACACGUGGCCUUUCUAACGUCAGAGCUAAUUCGUUGCCUUUAUAUUGACUAAACCAAUAAAUGAAAACGACGCUGAUAAAAUAAUGGUGCAAACAAAGCGAUUUUCAAUUUUUGUAAUGUUUUUUAUUUUAUUUCUUUCCUCACUCAGUCCUGGCUUAGUUGUCUUUCAACUCUUAUAAAAUAGAUGAAUGAUAUAAUUGUCCUGGUAUAUUAACUUAAACGAUUUCGUUUAUAUAAUUUAUAUCAUAAAAGGUUUCAACAAGUUGUCGGUUGUUGAAGACGAAUGAAAGAAAAAUUGACACUUGCUACUCUGAAACUCUGAGAAUGUUUUAUAUUGCUCUGAAAAUUUGUUUUUUAUUUUCACAAUCACGUUUUAAUUGUUUUAAAUGAAUAAAUUCUGCAUUUCAU